AUUCUCCUAUUUAUUUAUUUUUUGUAGGGGCUAUGUCGGAAUUCACAGCUCCGAAUUCAGAGAUUUUCUUUUGAAGCCAGAGCUUCUGCGGGCUAUUGUGGACUCUGGAUUUGAGCAUCCAUCUGAAGUGCAACAUGAGUGUAUCCCUCAAGCAAUAUUGGGUAUGGAUGUCAUAUGUCAAGCGAAAUCUGGGAUGGGGAAAACUGCUGUUUUUGUUCUGUCAACAUUGCAGCAAAUUGAGCCUGUUGCAGGUCAAGUUGCUGCCCUUGUUCUAUGUCAUACAAGGGAAUUAGCUUACCAGAUCUGCCAUGAGUUUGAGAGGUUCAGCACUUAUUUGCCAGACAUCAAGGUUGCUGUUUUCUAUGGUGGUGUCAGUAUCAAAAUUCACAAGGACCUACUGAAGAAUGAAUGCCCUCACAUUGUUGUUGGAACACCUGGAAGAAUACUGGCACUUGCUAGAGAAAAGGAUCUUUCUCUGAGGAAUGUGAGGCAUUUUAUCCUUGAUGAAUGUGACAAGAUGCUCGAGUCACUUGACAUGAGGAGAGAUGUGCAGGAGAUAUUCAAGAUGACUCCUCAUGACAAACAAGUUAUGAUGUUUUCUACAACACUCAGCAAGGAAAUCCGUCCUAUUUGCAAGAAAUUUAUACAAGAUGUAAUGUCCCAUGACCAGUUCUACUUGAAUUUAGAAGGAUCCUUUUCCAUAAAUGUCAGCUUUCUGUUGGCGAUAAAUAGUUAG